CCCAAAGGAGAAAUAUGCACAACACAAUGCAUUGGUGCGAGGAGAGGGAGGGGAUGUAAAAAUUAUGGAGGAAAAAAAAUAAUAAUGCAUGCUAUCGGAAUCGGAUGAGAUGUCUCGUUUUUGUGUGUGUGUCAAAAAAAGGAAGCGAUUAGGAGACAAAAUGCUGCUGUUGUUGCUGCCUCCUCUGCCUCCGCUGCUGCUGCUGCUGUGCGUGUUUAGCCGUUAGUAGUUUUUACGACGGGCAGCAGUCGGUUUGCGUCUUAUGUAACUAACGGCCUGAGCGGCGUCGGUCGGUAAGGAAAAAAGAAAUGCUCCUGAGCUUGAAUGAGAGGAGAGGAGAGGAGAGGAGAGGAGAGGAGGAAAAAAGAGCAGCAGCGCUUUGAAUUCACAUGGCAAUUUACAUUUUGCUGCUCGGGACACCCUCAACACAAAUAGAAAUCUUUCACCGGGGGAAGGGGGGGUUUCUUCUUCUUCUUCUUCUUCUUCUUCUACAACUCGGGGAGGGGAAACGGCUACUGCUUUGAUUUAACACUUGAAGCCAGCAACAAGGGGGACGUGGAGUGACUUUAGUCGCCUCAAGUAGGUUGUUAAGGUGAUACUGAGCUCCGACAACCGCGACUGAGGACCUAAACCAGACCUGAAAACGUACAAAAAAGUGAGACGGGCAGCCUGCGUAGUCCUUCAUGCACGGAUCUACAAGACACUUGAUCAAACUCGAAGCUGUAAUGCCCAGCUGGUGAGUGUAAGAGGAGCAGCAGCCCUGGACCAGAGGUAGCUGAUGCUACUUUGUAAACAAAAGUCAGAGAAGCUGCAAACUUCUGGCUGUGGCGUUCACGGACCUGUGAGGAGUCGCGUGGACCUGAUAAAGAAAUGGAGGGAUACUAGUUUGGGUCUGGCAUCUGGAUUCUGCUUUCCAUUACGUUGUGGAGUACAGGAGGCCGGUAGCCGGACUGUGCUGCUGGGCGGACCGUCGCGGCGCGGGGUUGAAUCGAGCCGCUUCCAGAGAGCUGAUGCCAAAGCCGGGAGUCAGCCAUGAUGUUUUUAUAACCUGAUGAUCAGCAGAGAGAUGGUGAGGAAGAAGAAUCCCCCUAUCCGGAGCGUGGGAGGUGAAGAGGAGGAGGAAGAAGAGGGGAGGAGGCCAGCAGGAGAAGAGGAGGAAGAAGGGGAGGAGGAGGGGAGAGUGGGAGCAGAGGCCGAGCGAAUCAACCGACCCUCCGAACCAGAAUCCUCCGAGCGGAUCCGAGCGGACGAGGAGCGGCAGCAACAGGAGGAGGAGGAGGGGGAGAGCGAGUGUAUUUCCUCGUCCGUCUCCCCCUCGUCCGUCGGCGAUCGCUACGGUAAUGAGGAGAGAGGGGGGAGGAGGGGAGGAGGGAGGGCCAAGCAAGGAGGACCGGCGGCGAUGGCGACCGACAGACCCGAGAGUCAGUCUGAGCCCGAGGACGGGGAGAAGGGGUUAGAGGAGGGGGAGAGGGGCGACAGAGACAGGGGGGAGGCCGAUCACCUCACCCCUCCUUUCCCCUCCGCUCCCCACCACCACCACCUCCUCCUCGUCCCCCGGCAGGAAGGAGGAGGGGAGGAGUCGACGACCGACACCCCGCCGCUCUCCUCCAGCCCCUCGCCCAAACUCCAGGACUUCAAGUGCAAUGUGUGCGGCUACGGUUACUACGGCAACGACCCCGCCGACCUGGUGAAGCACUUUAGGAAGUAUCACCUGGGUCUGCACAACCGCACACGACAGGAUGCUGCCCUCGACACACACAUCCUGGCCCUCCACAACAUGGCUCCUCAACACACACCUCUAGACAUUCAGGCAGGACAAGGGCAGAGGAGCCAAGCCAAAGAGUUGGGGAAGACGAGGCUAGACAUACAGAGUCCACAGCACAGGACGGUUAUGAUGAACGGCACAUAUGACGUACAGGUGACGUUGGGUGGCACGCUAAUCGGAAUUGGCCGGAAGACCUCUGAUUGCCAGGGCAACACUAAGUACUUUCGCUGCAAAUUCUGCAACUUCACAUACAUGGGCAGCAAUUCCUUGGAACUCGAGCAACAUUUCCUGUCCUCGCAUCCAAACAAAGUCAAAACUCCCCCGACCACGCCCCUGCUGGCCACCAACGACCUGACGACGCACGAAAACCAGCUCAAAGGGAGGAGUCAGGUCUUCGACGGGGCGGAGCGAGUAGCGGUUCGAGCGGAAGACGACUCUUUGGUCGGGUACUUCAUCCCAGUCAGGGCGGGUGCAGAUUCGUCGGGCUGGACGGGGGAAGCCGGUCGAGGGGCCGUGCAGGCGUAUUAUUGGUGUAAAUUCUGCAGCUGGAGUUGCGAGUGGUUGGGAGGAUCGGCGAAGCUCUUGGAGCACUAUGAACAAAGACACAGAAUGAGCGGUACUAUGAGCCCCAACAACUCCAAUCCUGGAGGAGAGAGAGAAAGAGGAGGAAGAAGAGAUGGAGGAGAACGAGACCACAUGGCAUCCAAAAGCCGUAAAGAUCAAUCAUCCACUCCAUCCAGCACCAGCCAAGGAGACCCAAACAGCAGCGAUUCAGAAGCAGUCGUGACCAGUUAUAACUGUCAGUUGUGUGAUUUCCGGUACUCGAUGGCCCACAGCGCAGACGUGAUCGUGGUAGCGCCGUUACUGCUGCACUACCAGCACAACCACUCCAUCCACCGCUGCUGCAUCCAGCACUGCAUGUACUGUCCACAGGGGCUCUGUCAGCCACAUAAACACCUUGGAGAGGUCUCUCACCCAUUCGCUUGUCGGAAAUCCACCUGCUCGAAAUGCUCUGCAAAGUUUCCUCAGUCCGCCAAACAGCAGGACACCGUCCCUUCCAAACCCGCCACCUCACCCAGUGUGACCCCUCCCAACCCCAGAGGUGACCCCGGUGGGAUUUCUGCCUCCACCUUUCACCCCUCUAACCCUGCCCAUCCUGUCGUCACACAAGGCGUCACCCACUUGUGCGACCAGUGUGCGUUCGCCACCACCGACAUCGACGUGCUGCUGCAACACUAUGAAAGCUGCCACACCCUGAUCAACCUAAAGGGGGCUCCCCCACAUGUUAAAGCUGAGGAGGAAGCUGGGGGAGACAAGGAAGGAGGGAGAGGAGGAGGAGGAGAGAGGGAGUACUCGUGUACAAAGUGCCACUUCAUCACAGAAGUGGAAGAAGAGAUUUUUAGACACUACAGGCGUGUCCACGCAUGUUGCCGUUGCCGACGCUGCGACUUUACCGCUCCCGAUUCGUCAGCCCUCCUCGACCAUUUUAACUCUGCCCACUGUCACGACUCCUCUCCCUCGUUAGGCUCCUUCACGACGACCUCCUUGCCCACCUCGCUGACACCUUCGCUGACGCUCUCGGCCAAUGGCUGCUCGGCUCCCUCCACCUUGGCCAUUAAAGAGGAGAGCAAGGGGGACAUCCGCCUCCUCUACUCCCUCGCGCCGCCUGAGGGACGGUUGGCAGAAGGCGGCAGAGAAGAGGCAGGCGGGGUGGUCAAAAGCGAGGGAGGCGAGGAGAAAGAAAGAGAGCGUGAGAAGGGUUGGGUGCUCGGUGAGACAAGAGGACUGGGAGAAAGAGGAGGCGAGCAGGCCCACGGUUUGCUCUGGGUGCCCAAGGAGCGAAUGGGACCCGAGAGAGGAGCGGAAAGAGGAGCAGGAAGUGGGAGCCCCUCUCUUUUCCCUUCCCCCCUCUCGCUGUCUUUUGUUUCAGCCAAUCACGAGGCCUCGCAGCAGAAAAGGGGCGUGGCUUCACCUAGCAUGGUUUACCUGGGAGACGCCAAGUCGUUUUUGGGAGAUACCAAGUCGUUUUUGGGAGAUGCCAAGCUGUACGGGGGAGGGAGACCAGGAGGGGCCGCCGCAGCUGGAGGUGGAGGGGAGAAGCAGAGCCAGAUGCCUCCCCAGCAGUACACAGGUGGAGGAGGAGGUGGUGGAGGAGGAGGGAGUGGAGGUGGAGGAGGACAGGAAGGGAAAGGAGGAGCCACGAAGGAGGAGUCCCAGUCCCUGCUUAGGCGGCGCAGAGGGAGUGGAGUUUUCUGUGCGAACUGUCUGACCACCAAGACAUCACUGUGGCGGAAAAACGCUAAUGGAGGCUACGUCUGCAACGCAUGUGGUUUAUACCAAAAACUACAUUCAACACCCAGACCUCUAAAUAUCAUCAAGCAGAACAACGGUGAACAAAUCAUCCGACGGCGAACCCGAAAACGCCUCAAUCCUGACUCGCUGUCGUCUGAAAAUCCGGCCCCCAAGCAGCAACGAAUCACCAACGAGGAGCGCAUGAACGGGGAGGAGUCGGACAGAAGCUGUGCUUCAGUCAAAAACCAGCAGCCUUCCCCUCGCUCGCGCUCACCGCGAUCCACUCAAGCCUUCUUAGCCAAUCAAACGCUGGAGAUCCACAGACGUAUGCCGCCUCUUCUCCUCCCUUCACAUCCCCCCUCCUCGAUGGUAGUCGAGGGCAACGGAGGCAUCACUGAGGUGGGGAUAACAUCAAAAGUAGAGGGUGGUAAAGGAGGAGGGGGAUCAGAGAGAGGCAGCCCGAUUGAAAAGUACAUGCGUCCAUCCAAACCGUCUAGUUAUUCACCUCCUGGUUCACCCAUUGAAAAGUAUCAGUACCCCCUGUUCUCCUUACCCCUACCGUUAACCCUGUCUCCAGAUCUGACCCCUGAGUCAGACUGGCUCAGAUUCUGGACCAAGUAUAAGAUGGCAGCCGCCUCUGGGGUUCCCGGUAGCAUCAGUAAUCUAAGCAGCCCCGGCAGCCUCGGAAAUAACGCUCAUUAUCUCAGUGCAAUGGUGACUCCAGUACAGCAUCAUCAGCAAAGCUACACGGUGCCUUACUGCGCCUCUCCUUACUCUCCUCUUCCACCUCCUCCAGCUCCUGCUCACUAUCCUCCUCCUCCUCUCCACACCCAGACCUCUUCGUCGCCGUCAUUAGAGAACGAUGCUCCUCUGGAUCUUGCAAUAAGACAAAGAGAUACUAGUGCCGUAAACGCGCAUGUGUCAACAAACGGUGCAGAGAGGAGAAGGCAGGAGUUGCCACUAACUGAGAGGUUGAGAGGGAACUGGAGAGGAGAGAAAGUGGAGGAGGAGAGGACAGAUGAAGGAGGGAUUCCGGGUGAGGAGAUGGCGAAGGAGGUGAAGGAUAAUUUGACAAAAUGUCAGUCAAGCGUCCCGUCAAAUCUAACAAUGGUGGAAGUGUCCACGCAAGAUGACCUGACCAACCGCUGCAUCCACUGCGGGAUCUACUUCCUGGAUGAGGUUAUGUAUGCCCUGCACAUGAGUUGCCACGGUGACAAGGGACCAUACCAGUGCAGCUUUUGCCUCCACCUGUGUGUGGACCGGUAUGAUUUCACCACACACAUACAGAGGGGCUUACACAGGUACACAGACAAAACUUCACAGCAGAAAGGUCACACGCAAGACGGCACCAUUCAGAACGCCACCGAGCGCGAGAGUCCGAAUGUGACGACGGAGGAAAAGGACGGGGAGGAUCAGUGUGAGGUCACAGGUGAGAGCGAUGAUGUAAUAGGAACAUGUGAGGACGACCAAGCAAAAGAAAACACAGGCAGUGACGCCAGUGACCAUGAAACGGAAGCUGAAACGGAGGUAAGAGAAGAUGCACUUGCCGUUGCAAACCAGGAUUUAGAAGGCAAAGUGGCGUCAGAUAUCAGCAACGACGUCACAAAAACCACAGAGGUCACGGCUGUUGCUGACUCUGAAAAGUUGGAUGAGAACACAGAAGGAAAUUAAAUCAUGUCUUUGACUCACGCGAACCUUUAAGAACGUGUUAUUGGAUGAAUAAGCUGUAUGCCUUCAUGUUCCUGGAGGCGAGCUCAUGUCAAAAUGGGCUUAUCCUGGGCACUAAAUAGAACACAUCCUUAUGCUGGAAGCACUCGGCUGUCAAAUGGUCAAAAGUCAUUGUAGGAUCCAGCUGAACUACAGCAGGCACAGUUUGGAGAAAUAGCCUGAAUCCUCUGUUGAGUGACAGUCACUUGACGGCUCCGGGCAUGCAGUUAGAAUCGCCUUUAAUAAACAGCCGCUUCUUGUGCUUUCCAUCUGAGAGGAUUUGGAAGCUGGACUGAAAGUUGGACUGGCCACAUUUAUGAUGAGUUUGAGGAGCUCAACUCUUGCCUAGCCACCAUACAGCAGAGCAAAAAAAGAAAAAGAAAACUAGAUGCAAAACAAAUAAACUGAGGUGAACUGAACUGAUUUCUUAUGCACCAAGCUAACAAGCUGGUCCAAACUAGUCUGGUGUAUCAUUCAGACUGUUUUAUGUUGGUACAACCAGAUCUGAUCUGGUUUGAACUUCUUCUUUUUUCCCAGAGCAUGUGUUUGACAGGUUUUUUUUUGUAUUGUUUUAUUUUCUCUGUGCAAAUGGAUCAAAAACCAAAACCUAUUUUGACUAUUUGAAGCCAAUUUGGGCUGGAUUGCAGUUCAUUUGGUGGUACAAAAUGAUCAGUUGGUUUCUUUAACUUGUGCCGUAUCGUUUCUCAAACUGAUGGAGUUCUUGGAUCAAUGCAAAAUCGCCGUCGGGUCAUCGGUGGCCCCAAAACGGUAGACUGGUGGGGUUUAACCGUGACUUUGUGAACUGCUUACAGCCAGUUUCAUCUGAUAAAACUCCAGACCGAAGUGUUCUCUUCAUCCAUUGGGAUUAAAACCAAGUGACAUUAUUUUCUACCUUCCUCUGUGCCAUGAUACUAGCUAUGUGCCUGGCUGCCUGCCUAAUAGAACAACCAUCUAUUAACCUGCUUAACAUUUAUAUUAAUAAUAACAAUGGUAAUAAUAAUAAUGAUGAUGACAAUAUCGUACAAAAAAAUGCAAUUUGCUACACUUUCGUAUAUAAUAUGUUAUUUUGUAAAGGCAAAUAAUGCUUUUUUGCAGGAAAUGGUACUAUAAAAAAUAGUCUAUUUGAGUUUUUGAGUUCUAUUUGGUUUUUUUUUUGUUUUUCUUCCUCUUGUUUUUGAGCUAUUUGUUGUUCAUGUCCUUAAUGAGACUUUGAUAUAACAGCCGUCUAACAGAAAUGGUACAGCAUAAAAAAGAGGGGGUUGUGUGCAUGCGUGCGUUUGUGUAACUGCAUUUAUGUGUGUAAGGAUCAAAGGAUGUGUCCGUCCCCAAGUGAUGAUGUAAACAUAAUGAAGGCUUGCGCUCAGUUUUUCAGUCCUCAGGGGUCACACGUGUUGCACACCUACCCACCUGUUUCACAGCAUGUGACACAUCAUUUUUACAUGUUAAAUGGUCUAACGGUUUUAGCAUGUUGCAUAAUGUUCUCUUAUAUAUGUUCUUAUUGUGUUUUUUAUGUGUUCAUAGGUCAACAUGGUCUUAGUAUGUAACUUUUUUUUCUGUAUGUCUACAUAUUGUUAGGAUACACAGUUUUAUAGAGAGACUUAGGAACUUAGGGAGUAAAACCCUAAAUUUUAUCAAAAGGAUCAAUUGUUUGGGUUAGCUGUAUGAACUUUUUGCUCUGUAUUGAGUCUACAGAGUUCCUUGCCUACAGUGUUUUAUCUCAUUGCUGAGUUUGGUAGGUUACCUCUAUGUAGCAUGUUAGCAUCGUAUCAAAUUUGCAAAAUAUGUUGCCUUUUCUAUGGAUGGGAACUGUUACAUGUUAGACCGAAAUAAUACUGAAAAAAACAUGAGAUGAUGUAAAGUUAAAUUUUUAGAAUUCAGUGAAGUAAAAUCAUCAUGUUGCUUUCAACUCCAGCUAAUUCAUCACCUACAUUGGCCAUUCAUUACUGCUUUCAAUCCAUCUUGCAAAUACAAUACCGAAAAAAAACACCUGCUCUGUUGAAUAGUUUCCAUAACUGAGUCUCUCUUUAAGCCAAAUUUUUUCAUUUUUCAUCAGUUUUCAUCUUUUGUCACUUAAGAUGUCACGUCAGGUCCUCGAAAGUCCCCCUGGUCUUGACAAUGGAACAACAUGGUAGCCAUCUUGUUUAUUUUUCUACUGAGAGAGUGACUUCACCAGCCUUGCUGCCUUAGUUGCUAGGAAACACAAAAAAAGAUAAAGGAAACAUCAAGGGACUCCUUUGAAGGAAAUAUUAUAAGGCCGAAAUAAAAUCGAAGAUGCUAAAGAAUGAAAAAAAUAAAGAUAUUUUUCUACGCUUAUCCAAAAUACGUGAAUGAAAAAUAUUCCGCCUAGUGCCUGGUAUCUUGUACCAUUUUUUUCAAACAGGUAUGUUUUGUUGUCUGUGUUAAAAAAUGUUAUGUAAGCUAUGAGUCACGUCAGGCAGAAGUCGGACUGCGAGAUUGAUUCCCACAUGCGCCAAAUUGUCUGAGUCAUUGUUUAUGAUACUUGACUGUCUGGUCAAACUUUUCAUGUUCAGCCCACAGGAAAGACCCAUUUCCUUUUGUUUUGGUUGCUAUGCCAACUGUCAAUCACUAGUUAACUAUUUUUCCAAUUGUUUUUUUGCAUGGAUGUACACUACUUUGUAGAAACGUUGAGCCGUUUGCCUCAGUUACUUCUAUGAAAGACACAUUAAGAAGAAAAUGCUCUUGACUGUGUAUUUGGAGAAAUGUGCCCAUAUCAUGCUAAAGGUAAUUUUCAUUGGUCAUGCACUAAGGUUACUAAGGUUAGCAUGAGUGCUAGCUUUGUAGCCAUUCUGGGUAAAUGGUCUAAAGUAGCUGCUAUUUACCUGCCAUGCAUUUACAAGCAGUUACAAACUAUGUAUAGCUCCUCUUAUAAAUUUAGCCAAAUCAUUUGUAUUGCUAUUAAUAUUAGAGGUUUUUUGACUUUAAAUUACAAGUCAAAUGUGAGUGAUGCUGAUUCAAACAUUUUUUUUCCCCACUAAAGAUUAUUCUACGGUGCUGAGGAAGAGAUUAUUAUUCAUUUUUUUCACGUGGUCAACAUUUUGUUGGUUUCCGAAGACAUUUGGAUUUUACCUUUUAUCACCAAAAUACAAUAAAUCCAUCCUUCUGUUUAGAAGUCAUCAAGAAAUAAUAGCUGAACUUUUGACCGGAGCAAUCAGUGCUGGUUUCAGGCUAACACUUUUAGUAUUUACAGAAUUUCCCUCUGGAGAUUAAUAAAGUCUGUCUAAGUCUAUUUACCUUAAAUCAAACUUCUUCGUAUGAAUACCUUGUGUAGUUGAUCAUCAUGUAUUUGAGCAAAGCAUUUCAGGUUCUUCUAAAAUACUGAAGGCGUUUUGCAUUUUACAUGAUUCAAACCACCUGUUUGAUCAUGACUGUCUGAAUAUGACACAACAAAAGACCAAGGAACCUUCAAACUGUCAAUGCAACGGAUUUACAGUGAAGUCUGGCUGGAUGAAUUAGCUCAACUCCUUCACCACGUAUAGCUCAACUAUCCAUAUUACAUGUAUCAAGUGAAGGCAUCUUAACUCCGUUAGUUUCAUGCUUCAGAAGCUUCUUUUAUUUUGAAGUUUGCCCUUCAUUUGGUGACCAGGUCCCAUCAUAUAAGUAAGCGGUCUUGUUCUUUUGCUCUAAUGUGUUCAGUUUUUAGUAUAAACUUUUGGGGUACCUCUUAAGGGGCUGCUAGUGAAAUAAAAAACUGUUUACGAUUGUAAAUGUAGCAACAAAAAAAGAGAAAAGGAAUUACACACGGCAUUCUUAAAAGACAGAACAUAGGGAUGGAUGGAGGGAUACCUGCUGAGAUGGAUGAAUGGGUGCCUUUGAAGAAUAUGUGGAGAGAAGGUGGAUGAAUAAAGGGAGGAUGGGAUCAAGUGUUGCUUGUAGUGCCUGAUGAAAAGAGGUUCAGUUGAUAUAUCCCCUCUCUUUCGUUUGCCUCUUUACCUCCCUUCAGUGUCACUUCCAUCCUUUUCAUCUGCUGUUUUUAAUGUAACGUUCACUUUACCUCUCCAGCUUGUGUUUUGUUUUGGUGUCCCCCUGCUGCAGCUAUCCUCCACCACUCCUCUCUCCUGUGUUCCUCCACUUUCCCUGCAUCUCUUCUUUUGAUAAAUGUAUGAAGGUCUUCUCAGCUGGGAGUCAGAUUGAGGAGGAUUUAAAUGGGAGUUGGGUGAUUGUGUCACACCGUGUUACAUCCAGAGCUGACAGGCUGACCUAUCUGCUUGUGUGAAGUUCUAAAUUGUUAGUUGAAAGAAUUUAUUACAAGCAGGAUUUUAUUUCCUGGAAGCAACGUUGGGAUUCUCUCACAUUUGGGUUCAUUUAUUUUCCAAGAGGACUGACAUGAUAAGAAUAGAAAAUCAAGUCUUUUUAAAGAAUUCUCCAAACAAUGUUCUCAAGAUUUUCAUGGGAUUUCUAUUAAACAGUCGGAGGAGGACUGUGAAAUUAAAAGGAUGAACUAGUUUUGCCUUUCCGUCUGCGAAAUCUGGGUUUACAUUGUAUCUUGAUGAACCACAAAGAUUUCUCAGUGGGGCUGGAGGCAAAUACAAAUUCUGAUGCCAAAAUGUUUCAGUAGUUUAGCUUUUGAAGGAAAAUACUUUCCCUUACUUACCGAGUUGAAAGUAAAGAGAGCAGCCUUGAUGAUUAAAACUUUGCUCAUGCACUUUUCAUACUGUAAGUGCUCUGCAGAACCCUGCACUGUCUUCUUUUGUUCAUUUGCCAACAUUGACUCCCACGAAUCAUGUAAGGAUACUGUAUUUCUAAAAAAUACAUAGAUAGUCGUGUUUAAAGGAAACUUGGGAGAACUUUUCAGAUACAGUGACUGUAUGUUUUUAGGUUUGAUGGCAUUUCAAAUCAGCGUUUACAUCAGGAGGCCUUUACAAGUGUUUUUAAUUUUUUUGUCUUUGUCAGAAUGUGUUAUAGAAAAUGAUGCUGUUGCUUGCACUCCAUUUAUUAUGUUCUUAUUGCCAAGGAAGGGACAACACACACACACACACACACACACACACACACAUACAUGCAGUGGUACGGAUUGAGUGUACAUUUUGGGGUGUACAGUGUUAACCAAGGCCAGUUUAUUAUUGGCCAGACACACACAUGCACACACACACAUGCACACACACACAGCAAAUAUGUACAUUUAAUCAAUAUAUUUUAAGUAGAAUUUUGUUUCUAUUCAGUUGAAUGGCUUUUAUAGAAAAAAAUGGGAUUUUUUUUAGGUUAUGUUCUCUCUCAUGUUGUAUUUUAUUCUGCUACUUUCUGUACGUUAUUGUUUUUAGGUUUUAUUUCAUGCAAAAAAUGAUAUUUCAACAACAUAUUUUGACAGCCAAGAAAAGUUUGUUACACAGCUAAACUUGAAGAAUAAUGUUGAUGAUGAUGAUAAUAAUUAAUAAAAGUAAUAACAAACAUG